CCAUGAGUCCUUGCGAAGCGCGACGUAGCCGGAAGCUGCUGGCGGCUGGUGGGGGAAUCUGAGCACCCAGUCCAGCUUGGCAACUCGGCCGGACCCGACGCCCUGAGGGCAGCAGGUCCCUGUGUGAGGCUGCCCUUCUCGGUCCCCAGCGGCCGCCCCAUUGUGUGAGCGGACCUCCUCGCCGCGGAAGUCCAGACCCCUCGGCCUCUGAGCCUGCCACUCUUCAGCCUAGCGGUUACGCGGAUCUACGUGGUCACUCGGCGAUCUCGGGCGCAGACCGGUUCUGCAUAGCCCAGUUACCCGGAAAAGGGCCACUACCCUUCACUUCGAAAGAAGAUUGUGUCCAGAGGUGCCAGGAAGCCAGACUCCCUAGCCUCAGCUUGUUGAUCAUUUUCCUUCUUGGCCUUUGAAUACCAUGGCCAGCCCAAGAACCAGAAAAGUACUUAAAGAAGUCAGAGCACAGGAUGAGAACAAUGUUUGCUUUGAGUGUGGUGCAUUCAAUCCUCAGUGGGUCAGCGUGACUUAUGGCAUCUGGAUCUGCCUGGAAUGCUCUGGGAGACACCGUGGCCUUGGGGUGCACCUCAGCUUUGUACGCUCUGUUACAAUGGACAAAUGGAAGGACAUCGAGCUUGAGAAGAUGAAGGCUGGUGGGAAUGCUAAGUUCCGAGAAUUCCUGGAGGCACAAGAGGACUAUGAGCCUAACUGGUCCUUGCAGGACAAGUAUAGCAGCAGAGCUGCAGCACUCUUUAGGGAUAAGGUGGCUACUUUGGCAGAAGGUAGAGAGUGGUCUCUGGAGUCAUCGCCUGCACAGAACUGGACCCCACCUCAGCCCAAGAUGCUGCAGUCCACUGCCCACCGACCCUCUGGCCAGCCACAGAAUGUGACUGCCUCUGGGGACAAGGCUUUUGAAGACUGGCUGAAUGAUGAUCUGGGCUCCUACCAGGGGGCUCAGGAGAAUCGCUAUGUAGGGUUUGGGAACACAGUGCCACCUCAGAAGAGAGAAGACGACUUCCUCAACAAUGCCAUGUCAUCCCUGUACUCGGGCUGGAGCAGUUUUACCACUGGGGCGAGCAAGUUUGCUUCUGCAGCGAAGGAGGGUGCUACAAAAUUUGGAUCCCAAGCAAGUCAAAAGUUUUGGGGUUACAAGCAGCAAUCAGAGCCGGCUUCGGAGUUGGGCCACAGCCUGAAUGAGAAUGUUCUCAAGCCUGCACAGGAGAAGGUGAAGGAGGGAAGGAUUUUUGAUGAUGUGUCCAGUGGGGUCUCUCAGUUGGCAUCCAAGGUCCAGGGAGUUGGCAGCAAGGGAUGGCGUGAUGUUACUACUUUCUUUUCCGGGAAAGCCGAAGACACAUCGGACAGACCCUUAGAGGGCCACAGCUACCAAAACAGCAGUGGAGACAACUCCCAGAACAGCACCAUAGACCAGAGCUUCUGGGAGACCUUCGGGAGUGCCGAGCCCCCCAAGGCCAAGUCCCCAAGCAGUGACAGCUGGACCUACGCAGAUGCCUCGACAGGGAGGAGGAGCUCGGACAGCUGGGAUGUUUGGGGCUCGGGUUCCGCAUCCAACAACAAGAACAGCAAUAGUGAUGGCUGGGAGAGCUGGGAGGGAGCCAGUGGGGAGGUCAGGGCAAAGGCCACCAAGAAGGCUGCCCCAUCUACGGCCACUGAUGAGGGCUGGGACAACCAGAACUGGUAGGAGCCUUGCUGCAUCCUGGCCCCAGCUCUGCUGGGAGACUGCUGUGUUUGCACUUUACCCUUCUUGUUCCUCCUUCAUUUGACCUCAGUGUGAAGACAGUGGCUCAGGCAGGACUUGAGUCGGUGCUGCCUGCCUGGUGUGGGGUGGCUUUCUCUUAGGCCUCAGAGGACAUGUCAUCCAUCUGCCUCUUGGGUCCUCUGAGCAGCCUUCCUGAACUCUGGGUUCUUGGGACCCAGGCACUAUCUCUGCAGCCAUGGCACAGCCUGGAACUGCAGUCCUGUGCAAUGUCAGCCAAGCCAGACAUCUGCUUUUGUUGAAAUGUCUUUUAAAACUUGAAAGGUUUGCUCUAGUUCUUUUUUUUUUUUUUACCUUGAAGAAAAUGCCUGGAGUCUUAAAGCUGGAAACGAAAUGACAAAAGCAAUACUGGAGCUCGCACUGCCACCGACACCCUCACCUAAGUCCACGUCUUGUGGCCUGUGCUGUGAGACUACUCACUUUGUGACCCUCUGCCUUUCCUGCAUCAGCCUGUCCAGCCCUCAGUCUCAUGGGACAAACUCCACAGAUGGCCACACAUGGCAGCUUGGGCUCUGGCCCUCCCUGGACACCAGACUUGAACUUGGCCAGUCCUGGAUAGCUCAGAAAGGAGGAAAGGAGAGUAAAAGGGCUGGGAGCAUUGUCAGCCUAUCUGCCACUCCCACCUGGUACAGGGGAGCCUGAACAUGGAGGGCGGGCUGAGGGCCAACUGCCAUUGCCCAGGGUUGGGGCGUCUUGAUGGGGACCAUCCAGGCAGAGCACCUGUUGGUAUUUUGCCAUGUAUUGUGUCUACGACAGCCCAGGCCUUCUCCCAGCCUGCUCAGGGUGCUCAGGGUCAGAGCACACUAGGUCAUGUCUCCUCAGCAUGCAGCUGUCCCUCCAGACAGCCCCAUUUCCCACCCUGUGGACUUUGUGGAACACUGCAGUUGAGACCCAUGUGCUAUCAGUGGUUGGAGUGACAGCCUUUUCCUCCCAGGAUACCAUGACUGCUGUGUGCUGUGGCUGGAGAGUCCAGCUGGGUCUCUGUCUCCUUAAACCCACUCCUGUCUUGGCCCUCAGUUUGACCAGCAGUGCAUGACCUGAA